CCCACAGUGUUGGCGACUUGGAGAAGCUGUUGCCCGAGAACCACUCUCGGCUGGACCCCUUCCUGUCCUUCAGUUCUUGGAAUUGGUCCUGCAGCUAUGCCUACACAGUGUGUGUUAUCAUCACAGUACGUCGGGAGUCACCCUGGCCACAUUUCAAGGACUCGGCGGCCACAUGUGGCUCGUGGCGACUUGCAGGACAGUACAGCUGCGGUAUCUGACUGGAGAGGCACGUCCUGCCUGGCUGCCAAGGGUGCUAGGGGUCACCAUUUUUUAAAUGAAUUGUUCCCAAAUGCCAUGGGAUGAAUAGGUCAGUGCUGGGCAGUAUGCAGGGUGUCACCUGAGGAGGAGGCUAUUAAAAUUUCUCCAUCAGUCUGGAGCCCAGGUGAUUCUUCUGUGUAGCCUGAUUGGAAACAACUGCACUAAAAACACUGGCUGGGCAAGUUCCCUGGGUUCUCUGCCUUUGCCCGCCCCCUUUUCUGGGCACUUGCAUUCCAAGCACGUUCUGUGGGGGUGGAGGUGGGGUGUGAUGGGAAAGGUGGGGGAAUGCGCACCCUGGGGGCCUUUUCUCUCUCCUACAUCUAGAGCAACAGUUUCAAUGGAAAAAAGAAGUCCUGUUUAUUUACCUGGAUGUGGUCAUGCAUAAGGGGUGGGACCUUCCUUUUGGUGGCUGCAAGCAGGAUCCCACAUUCUCAGGAAAGGAACUGGCGUUUGUUGGAAGAGUUUGUGAAACUCCCUCUCUGUCCAGAGCUCCAGGACCAAUGCAUCUUUCCAUCACCUUCAACCACUGAGCAGUUCGGAGCCCCAGCUGCAGAAGACGCCCUGUCACCACCAUGAGCUCUGAAUGUGAUGUUGGCGCUUCAAAAGCUGUGGUGAACGGGUUGGCACCAGGCAGCAAUGGGCAGGACAAAGACAUGGAUCCUACAAAAGUCUGCACUGGGAAGGGAGCCGUGACUCUCCGGGCCUCAUCCUCCUACAGGGACACCCCAAGCAGUAGCCCUGUGAGCCCUCAGGAAACCCCGAAGCACGAAAGCAAAUCAGUUCUGGAGUCAGAGAAUUCCUCCGCAGAUGAGUGGAGGCUUUCUUCCAAUGCUGAUGCCAAUGGAAACGCCCAGCCCUCCUCACUCGCUGCCAAGGGCUACAGAAGUGUGCAUCCCAACCUUCCUUCCGACAAGCCCCAGGAUUCAAGUCCUCUGCUAAAUGAAGUUUCUUCAUCUCGUGUUAGAACUGAUUCGCAGACCUUUGCCCCAGUUAGCAAGCCGUCAUCUGCCUACCCCUCCACCACAAUUGUCAACCCCACGAUUGUGCUCUUGCAACACAACCGAGAACAGCAGAAACGACUCAGUAGCCUUCCAGAUCCUGUUCCAGAAAGAAGAGUGGGAGGACGGGACUCAGCACCAGCCCAGGAAAAGCCCACCUCUCCCGGCAGGACUCCUGAGAAACGGGCCAAGGAUGACAGCAGGCGGGUGGUUAAGAGCGCUCAGGACCUAAGCGAUGUGUCCAUGGAUGAAGUGGGCAUCCCACUCCGGAACACCGAGAGAUCAAAAGACUGGUACAAGACCAUGUUUAAACAGAUCCACAAACUAAACAGAGAUGAUGAUUCAGAUCUCUACUCUCCUCGCUACUCCUUUUCUGAAGACACCAAAUCUCCCCUCUCUGUGCCUCGCUCAAAAAGUGAGAUGAGCUACAUUGACGGCGAGAAGGUAGUGAAGAGGUCAGCCACGCUUCCCCUCCCGGCCCGCUCCUCCUCGCUGAAAUCGAGCCCAGAGAGAAACGACUGGGAACCCCCAGAUAAGAAGGUGGAUACAAGGAAAUACCGUGCAGAGCCCAAAAGCAUUUACGAGUAUCAGCCGGGCAAGUCCUCCGUUCUGACCAACGAAAAGAUGAGUCGGGAUAUAAGCCCAGAAGAGAUAGAUUUAAAGAAUGAACCUUGGUAUAAAUUCUUUUCGGAAUUGGAGUUUGGGAAACCGCCUCCCAAAAAGAUAUGGGAUUAUACUCCUGGAGACUGCUCUAUCCUUCCUAGAGAGGAUAGAAAGACUAAUCUAGAGAAAGAGCUCAACCUCUGCCAGACAGAGUUAGAGGCAGACUUAGGAACAGCCGAGACGCCCAGUAAGGCAGCCAGUGCCAGCCUGCCGCAGAGCUCAGCAGUCAGCCCCACUCCGGACAUCUCUGCAGAGCCUCCUGGAUAUAUAUAUUCUUCCAACUUCCACGCAGUGAAGAGGGAAUCAGAUGGGGCUCCCGGGGAUCUCGGUAGCUUGGAGAAUGAGAGGCAGAUUUAUAAAAGCGUCUUGGAAGGUGGAGACAUCCCUCUCCAGGGCCUCAGUGGGCUCAAGCGCCCAUCCAGCUCGGCCUCCACGAAAGUGGAUCGUAAAGGUGGGAAUGCUCACAUGGUUCCUUCAUCUUCAGUUCCUAGCCGAACGGUUAACACUAGCCAUGCGUUAGGCCCCGGGUGUAAGCACAAGAAACCCCUGUCCGCCGCCAAGGCCUGCAUUGCGGAGAUCCUUCCCUCCAAGUUCAAACCCAGGCUCUCUGCUCCCAGCGCCCUUCUGCAGGAACAGAAGAGUGUGCUGUUGCCGUCAGAAAAGGCUCAGAGCUGUGAGAACCUUUGCGUGUCAGUUUCUUUGAAUGAUUCCAAGAGAGGGCUCCCCCUCCAGGUGGGGGGGAGCAUCGAGAACCUGCUCAUGCGCUCCCGGCGGGAUUACGACAGCAAGUCGAGCAGCACCAUGAGCCUGCAGGAGUACGGCACCAGGAGGCCCUGCCCCCUCAGAAAGGCUGGCAUGCAGUUCACCAUGCUUUACCGGGACAUGCACCAGAUCAACCGAGCCGGCCUGUUCCUAGGAUCCGCCGCCUCCUCCAGUGUGCGGGAUCUUGCCUCCCACUUUGAGAGGAGCGGCCUGGCCUUGGCCAGGGGCGAGCUGGGCCCCAGCCAGGAGGGCUCGGAGCACAUCCCCAAGCACACCGUCUCCUCCCGCAUUACAGCUUUUGAGCAGCUGAUUCAGCGGUCAAGGUCCAUGCCAUCCCUGGACCUGUCUGGCAGGCUGAGCAAGUCCCCCACACCUGUGCUGUGCCGGAGCAGCCUGAUCUCAGCCCGCUCUGCGGAGUCCCUCCUGGAGUCAACCAAGCUGCAGCCCAGGGAGGUGGACGGCAUGAACCCUGGGGGGGUCUACGCCUCCCCGAUGUGCAGCACUAUGGUGGACUCCCCCUUGGGCUUCAGGGGCCUGGCGCCUUCCGAGCCCCUCUCCACCUGCUCUGACGAGCUCGACCACUGCUCCAGCAUCUCCAGUGACAGCAGGGAGGGCAGCAGCGGCAGUGUUCACGGGGACUUCCCCAAGCACCGCCUCAACAAGUGCAAGGGCACCUGCCCGGCCUCGUACACCCGCUUCACCACCAUCCGCAAGCACGAGCAGCAGCAGACCUCCAGACAGCCUGGCUGGCGCCCGGACUCCCGAGGGGACAGGAGCGCGCUCCUCAGGAACAUCUACCUGAUGAGCCCCCUCCCCUUUCGGUUGAAAAGGCCCCUCCAGCACCACCCCAGACAGCCUGCCCCUGGUGACUUCUCGGGCCCCCCGGUGGGCCGGAAGCCUGACCUCCCCAGUCAACCCCAUCAGGACGAGCCCCACUCCAGGGAGAAGCCCUCAGUUCCCAAACGCCUGUCUUCCCGACACGCCAUGGCCAGGCUGAGCCGGAUCUCAGAGCCCCCUCAGGAGAGACCCGUGGUCCCAGAGGGCUGCCUGGGGGCCUUUAGUAAUGGGAACUCUGUGCCGUACUCAGACCACGGCCUGGACAGAAACAACAACCCACAGAGUGAACUGGGACCGGCCCUCGGAGAUUCGGAAUCACCAAGACAUUUCAUACCAGCUGAUUACUUGGAAUCCACAGAAGAAUUCAUCCGAAGACGUCAUGAUGACAAAGAGAAACUUUUAGCGGACCAGAGACGGCUUAAGCGCGAGCAAGAAGAGGCCGAUAUUGCAGCUCGGCGCCACACGGGUGUCAUUCCGACGCACCAUCAGUUUAUCACUAAUGAGCGCUUUGGGGACCUCCUCAAUAUAGACGAUACGGCCAAAAGGAAAUCUGGGUCAGAGAUGAGACCCGCCAGAGCCAGAUUUGAUUUCAAAGCUCAGACACUGAAGGAGCUUCCUCUGCAGAAGGGAGACAUUGUUUACAUUUAUAAGCAGAUUGACCAGAACUGGUACGAAGGAGAGCACCACGGCCGGGUGGGCAUCUUCCCGCGCACCUACGUCCAGCUUCUUCCUCCUGCGGAGAAGGCUCAGCCCAAGAAGUUGGCACCAGUGCAGGUUUUGGAAUACGGAGAAGCUAUUGCCAAGUUCAACUUCAACGGUGAUACGCAAGUAGAAAUGUCCUUCAGAAAGGGUGAGAGGGUCACGCUGCUUCGCCAGGUGGACGAGAACUGGUACGAGGGGAGGAUCCCAGGGACGUCCCGCCAAGGCAUCUUCCCCAUCACCUACGUGGAUGUGAUCAAAAGGCCGCUGGUGAAAAACCCGGUGGAUUACAUCGACCUGCCUUUCUCCUCCUCCCCAAGUCGUAGUGCCACCACGAGCCCACAGUUUCCCGGUCACAGCAAGCUCAUCAUGCCAGCCCCUUCAUCUCUUCCUCACCCCCACCGAGCCCUGUCCCCUGAGAUGCAGGCUGUCACCUCUGAGUGGAUCUCGCUGACUGUGGGGGUCCCAGGCAGGCGUCCUCUGGCCCUGACCCCACCUCUGCCUCCUCUGCCAGAGGUGUCUGUCUACUACUCUGACCACCUUGCCUUCUUGGCCAGGCCCAGCCCCUCCCUGUCCUUCAGCCUCCCCCAUGCGAGUUGGCCGGAUCGGUCCACCCCUCGCUCGAGGGCUUCCCCGCUGGCCCUCCCUCCCCCACACAAAGCCUGCUCGCUGGCUCCCGGUGCCCGGGCCUCCCUUCACAUCAACGGAGACAGUGGUGUCCACAGGCCACCUCCGGGUUUCCCGCAGGACAGCUUCUCCCAGCCGCCGCUCGGGCGCUCUGAUAGGGUCAUCUCGGAGCUCAGCAAUGCCUUUAGCAGCCAGGGUAAGAGGCAGCCAUGGCGAGAAGAAAGCAGACAGUACGAGAGGAAAGCCGAGAGGGAGGCAGGUGAGCGAUGCCCUGGUGGACCCACGAUCUCCAAGAAGAGCUGCUUGAGACCGUCAGACGUGGUCAGGUGCCUGAGCACUGAACAGAGACUCUCAGACCUCCACACCCCAGAGGAGAGCCGGCCCAGCACGCCCUGGGGUGGCCCCUUUCCGGGAAGGGAGGCUGAGCAGACAGAGCUGCAUAGAGGUGGCGAGCAGGCUGAGAGGAGGAGAGCGGUGAGCCAGCAACCUCAAGCCCAGCAGCGAAGAGUCGCCCCAGACAGGAGUCAGGCCUCACAAGAUUUAUUUAGCUACCAAGCACUAUAUAGCUAUAUACCACAGAAUGACGAUGAGUUGGAACUCCGAGAUGGAGAUAUUGUUGAUGUCAUGGAAAAGUGUGACGACGGAUGGUUUGUUGGUACUUCAAGAAGGACAAGGCAGUUUGGUACUUUUCCAGGCAACUAUGUAAAGCCUUUGUAUCUAUAAGAAGACUGAAAACCACAGAGAUGAUUUUUCUUGGAUGAUGAAGCAUAAUUCAUGAACUGGUCUCUUUAUUUAAAAGUUGAGUCAGUAGGAACAGUAACACAGUGGAUAAAGUACAAAGCAAAAGAGAGGGACAGAGAAGUGUGUUGUGUUUAAAACCCCGCCUGUCUAAGCUUACUGCGUAUCAGACAGGCCUGAACCAUGCGCUGAGCAGAAAGGAAUGAGGCAAAUCUGUAUUUACUUAGCUGCUUCUGGGAGCCACUACCCCCUUCCCCUGGUUUAGGUAAUCUGACCUGUAGCCCAGAACAGGAGCUGUUAGGCCAGAAACGCCUCCUGCUGCUACACCCUUGACCAGCUCCAGCUCAAAGAAAUCUCGGUGUUUAGCCUGAAGCAGCCCUCAGAGUGCCAGGCAGAUCCCCAAUCACACAGACCCCCAGCACCCCCAGAGCCUGCUGACCCCCCAACACUGCUGGACAUCAGUCUGGGCUGCCGUGGCCAUCCCUAGACAGCGGUGGAGGCCCCCAAACUACCCAAGACCAAGCCCCUCACUGGACCUACUGAGGUUUGUGGGGAAGUGGAGGCAAAAUGUAGGCGCCCCGUGCGCCCCGAGCGCAUGCGUCCAGCCUGUGCGUGGCCAUGACGCCCUGCUGUUCAGACAGACGAGCACAGAGGUUUGCCUGGAGAGCUGGUGGCCAGGCAGAUGUUAAAUCGGUGUGUCUGAUGCUCCUGAGGUCACAUGCUGUGUCCUUUCCCAUGUCACUAGCUUCCACAGACGUUCCCUUUCGGGGCAGCACAGUUUCAUGGACCGGAACGCCAUUGCUGAUCUUUCUUUUCUGGGUUGAUAGUUUGGGAUUGGUAGGCCUGUUCUCGGAGAGAACCAAGGAUGGUGGCGUUCCGUGUUCAUUUAACACAGGCUGUUGUACACUGGAUGCCGGAACCACGCUGAGCAGAGACGCACCGUGUCUUCAUUUUUACUCCCCUCAGGAGGCCAAAGGCCACUAAGAAAGUAGUCCCUCAGGGUUGUGAACCCGGGUGCACCCUGGCAGGGCUUCUCUUCUGAGCAGAGGUACAGAUGCAGUGGCCCCGAGGUGUGAGGAGGCGGAUCUGCCACCCCCAAGAGGCCAGGUCCAAGGGGGGAGGCCCCGCGACACCUGGGUGUUCUGUCCAAUUCGAACUGUUUACCGGCCUCUGUUAGACCCCUUGGAGAAUGAAAGUUAGAAAUGACCCAUGCCCUGCCUGCCGGGAACUCAGAGGUGACUGGGGAAACAGACACACACACAAACAAUCGAGAGAGACUGUGAUAUGUGCUAAGAAGGGUGUGAGAGAGGAAGAGAUUCAUUUUCCCUGGAGGGAUCCUAGAAAGCAUUGUCCUGUUUGUCUCCUUUGGCUCACUGUUGAAUAGCUAGGAUGUGGAAGAACCUUUGCCCAAGGCUACUUUAUGGCUGAAAAUACUUGGAAGUGUAUCCAGGGUCUUCAGACUGUCACCCUCCCCACAAACACACAUCUAAGGUCACAAAUAAGAGUAGCAGUUCUAAGUGCAAAGGUGUGUACAGGAACCCUGGCUUUCUGCACAUAGCUCAGAAGUGCCCAGGACCUUUUCCCAAAGUCCGAGUCUUUACGAGUAGGCGAAGUUUGUCCCCCGAGUCUCUGCCACAGCUUCUGCCUCCACUACUUAUCUUAGGAUCCUAUCCGCUGCCCACCCCCAUCAGACAGCCACAGUGCCCGCACUUCUCUCCCUGUCCUCUUUUCAAGUCUUGAUCACUGACUUAUUCACACUAACAUGUAAAUGACUGAUACAAGGAAUGUGUUACCUCUUCCCAGACACAUUUGUUUUUAACGAGGGCAGAGCCUUGAUCCCAAGAGAAAAGAUUGUGAAACUAAUGGUGGAAGUGCAGGUGGGGUGGAGGAGUUUCGGGUUUGAAAUUACUUAAAUAAGACUCCUGGCUGUGGGAGGCCCACUCCGCCGUCCCGGGGCACUGUGGUCUCGACUCCGAGGGAAUACAGUAGGAGCGUUAUGUGCACGUGCAUUUACACAGCAGCAUUUCACCCAUUUUGAAAUGUAAUUCUUGUAUUGGCUAAUGUGUUUCCUAGUCUUUCUUAGAUGCAAACCAUUACUAUCAUGAUCUAAUCUAAUAGUUUUUUGAGGGGUGCUUCUUGAUUAAGUAGGUAAUUUUGAACACCUCUUUAAAUACAGCUAGAAAAUAAAACCAAUUUGUAAAGCCACAUUUGCAUAUGAUGCCAGCCUCACGCAUUUGUAUAUCUUCGGAAACCCACAUACGCCUCACCAAUUUGCCCGUCUUGAAUAAAAGCAUAUGUUCAAAUCUGCAUCCAAUUUCAGCUUCCUAUGUAUGACAAAACCAGGAACACAGGUUUCCAAUGGCUCUUUUGUCUUCAGACAUUUAGUAGUAUAAAAUACCUAUUUUUAUGCGGAGAUGUUUAUACAGGUUGAUUAAUAGCAGUGCAGCUGGCUGGCAGCAUGCCUUGCAAAGUUUGGAUGUAUUGGCCGUGCUUCUGGGUAAAGGCAAGCCCCAAACUACUUCUCUUUUGCAGUCUCUCUGGGAUCAGUAAAAGAAAAACAUCAUAUGCUUAAGUGGGACUGUAAAUAUGUAUAUUUAACUUUGUAUAGCCCAUGUACCUACUUUGUAUAGAAAAAUAAUUUUAAAAAUUUGAACUGAAGGGUGGUAAAAUAAGGAAGACAUGAAGUUUUUUGCAUUUUUAUUUAAAUGAAGGAAUUCCAAAUAACUCACCGGCAGAUUUUUAGCACAAAUAUAGCCAUUGUAAAGUGUUAAAAUUUUAAAUAAAUAAUCAUUAUUUCUGGGAGAGAAGAUAACUGUGAUCUCAGUUACAGUUGUUUUUUUGUUUUGUUUUUGGGUUGGUUUAUUUUGUUUGGU